AUGUACAAGGUCGCAACGGCUUCAGAGUAUCUAGCGAUCACCGGUGCUGGGAUCGAAGACAUCAAGCUCUCGAAGAAGUCAUGGGUGUUUCCAUGGCAAUCCUGCACCGUCUUCGACGUUUCUCCGGUCAACUACACUUUCAAAGUCCAGGCCAUGAGCGCAGAGAAACUCCCUUUCAUUCUCCCCGCCGUCUUCACAAUCGGUCCUCGCGUCGACGACCCUGAAGCGCUGAUUCUCUACGCCAGGCUCAUCUCCCCUCACGACAAACAAUCUAACCACGUCAAUGAGCUCGUUGAAGGUGUCAUCGAAGGAGAGACUCGUGUCCUCGCUGCUUCCAUGACCAUGGAAGAGAUCUUCAAAGGGACAAAGGAGUUUAAGAAGGAGGUGUUUGAUAAGGUUCAGCUAGAACUAGACCAGUUCGGUCUCUUGAUCUACAACGCAAACGUGAAGCAGCUCGUUGAUGUGCCAGGACACGAGUACUUCUCUUACUUGGGUCAGAAAACACAAAUGGAAGCGGCGAAUCAGGCGAGGAUCGAUGUCUCUGAGGCCAAGAUGAAGGGAGAGAUCGGCGCGAAGGAACGUAACGGGCUUACCCUUCAGAACGCUGCGAAAAUCGACGCGGAGUCAAAGAUAAUAUCGAUGCAGAGGCAAGGAGAAGGGACUAAGGAAGAGAUCAGAGUGAAGACUGAGAUUAAAGUGUUUGAGAAUCAGAAGGAGGCUGAUGUUGCUAAGGCCAAUGCUGAGCUUGCCAUGAAGAAAGCCGCUUGGACUAAAGAUGCUCAGGUUGCUGAGGUUGAAGCAGCCAAGGCAGUGGCUUUAAGAGAAGCUGAGCUUCAGACUCAGGUCGAGAAAAUGAACGCGUUGACUCGGACGGAGAAGCUUAAGGCCGAGUUCCUUAGCAAAGCCAGUGUUGAGUAUGAGACAAAGGUUCAAGAAGCGAAUUGGGAACUAUACAACAAGCAGAAGCAAGCGGAGGCAAUUCUAUACGAGAAGCAAAAGGAGGCAGAGGCACAGAGAGCUGCAGCAGACGCAGCGUUCUACUCAAAGCAGAAAGAAGCAGAGGGACUUGUUGCUUUGGCAAACUUCCUGAUGAUUAACAAUGGCUCUUAUCUGGAGAUCGCUAAGAUUAACGCGGUUGCGGUUAAAGACUUGCAGCCCAAGAUCAGCGUUUGGAACCACGGUGGAGAACAGGGGACUAGUGGUGGUAGUGGGAAUGCUAUGAAGGAUAUAGCUGGGCUUUACAAAAUGUUGCCUCCGGUUCUCGAUACGGUUUAUGAGCAGACCGGGAUGCAGCCACCGGCUUGGAUCGGUACUCUAAGCAAGUAA